AUUUAUUUCUAUCGUUUGGCUCGAUUUGUUCGUGGCGACGGCGCGAUUUGGCGCCCACGUGAAACUCUCCUCCGGCGCACGUCACGUCUGACUACACCGAUCCAAUUCCAUGGCGAAGAAGAAAUAGGAAUUGAGAAUUGAUUCGAUCGCCCACCGAUCGAUUCGGAGGUGGAAGAAGAGCGGAGCAGGUGGAGUUUGGAAUCGGCCAGAGAGGAAUUGAUUGAAAUUGAAAAAGGGGGGAAAAAUGAUCGCCUCUUCAUCGAAGAUAAGCAGCGCCUCCGGGGAGGGCGUGAGGAAGCGAAGCAGAGGGAAGCGGGUCGAGGCGCCGGCGCCGGCGCUGGCGCUGGCUCCGGCAGCGGAUGAGGAGAGCACCGUGGAGGCGUUUCGGACCGCUCUUCUCGAUCGGAAUCUGCUGCCGCACCGCCACGACGAUUAUCACACCAUGAGGCGAUUUUUGAAGGCACGCGGAUUUAAUAUUGAAAAAGCUAUUCAAAUGUGGACAGAGAUGAUUAAGUGGAGGAUGGACUUUAGUACUGAUACUAUUUUACAAGACUUCUUGUUCACUGAAUUAGAUGAAGUUCUUAAUUGCUAUCCACAUGGUUUUCAUGGUGUGGACAAAGAAGGUAGACCUGUGUAUAUAGAAAGACUUGGAAAAGUUGACCCCAACAAACUUCUUUCUGUCACUAGUGUUGAAAGAUUUAUAAAGUACCAUGUUCAGGGCAUAGAGAAGGUCCUUGCUGAAAAAUACCCAGCAUGCUCUGUUGCAUCUGGAAGACAUAUAGAUACAAUGACAACAAUUUUAGAUGUACAAGGAGUGAACUGGUUAAGUGUUGGCAAGUUAGCUCGCGACGUUGUACUGAAAAUUCAGAAAAUUGACAGUGACAAUUACCCAGAGAUACUGUAUAAGUUGUUCAUUGUUAAUGCUGGAAGUGGUUUCAGAUUACUUUGGAACACCAUCAAAGGCUUAAUUGAUCCAAGGACAUCAGCAAAGAUAGUGGUACUUGGAGAUGCAUACCAGAAUACACUACUUGAAUUAAUUGAGAUGAGUCAACUACCUGAUUUUCUUGGUGGUUCUUGCACUUGCUCAAAAGAGGGAGGCUGCCUUAGAUCCAAUAAAGGUCCAUGGAGCAACCCUGAUAUAAUGAAAGUAAGAACAUUGGAUGUAGUUCAUUCAGGUAGCUUAAGCACAAGAAGUCGCAGCAGUUCAUUUGGUGAGAAAAGGCUGGUUCGCCAGGUUGCAAUGUCCAAAAACAACAACAGUCAAUCGGAAUCAGGUUUUAAAGAUAUGGGCUUUCCUAUUCAGUCUGUCUCCCAACUGGAUCAACAUUCAAUUCCAGAGCAUGAAAAUCAAUCGCCAAUCAAGCCAAAUGAGGAUGAAGCUUCCAACAGCUUAUCUAGCCAAACCAAAUCCUCUAGAUCUGGAGAUGGUCCAACUAAUAAUUCCACAUCAAAGUACUCUUCCUCGUCAUCAUCAUCGUCAUCAUCUUCAUCAUCAUCUUCCAAUUUCUUUAUAUUAGUGAUAGGAGCUGUCAGCAACUUCAUUAAGAAAUUGCUUGCAAUUUUGUAUUUAUUUUGUCACCUAAGGAAUGGAGCAUUGACUCUUCUUAGCAUGUUGUUAUCGGAUCAUCAUAGAUUAGAACCAGCAAAAACAGAUUAUGUCAACCACCUGCCUACACAUGGAGUUGCAGCAAUCAAUGUUCUGCCAUACUUGGAGAGGCUGCAGAAGUUAGAAGAAUUAGUGAGUGAGAUAAACAAGAAACCUACAAGGAUCCCACAAGAUAAAGACAACAUGAUUUUGGAGUCGCUGAACCGUAUCCAGUCUAUAGAGCAUGACCUAAAGAAGACAAAGGAUGUUGUGAAAGUGACCUCACAGAAACAAGUUCAACUGGAAGAAUCACUGGAGAAUUUGAAAGAGACUGCUUUACAAAGCAAGUCAUGCUGGUUUAAGGAACCCAGAGCUUCCAGAGAUACAUUUUAAGCAAUUAUCCAUUGCGAAGCUAUUGUUCACAUUCCUCGGCGGUGACAACUUUCUUGGUAUCUUCGGUUGUUGGUCUGCUUUAACUAUUUGAUAGAGUGGAAGCAACACCACCUAUACGUACAUAGCAUAUGCUGAAUAUUAUACAGAAAGGUUUAUAGAGACAAGGAUGAUGAUAUCUUGAAACCUCUCUAGUUUGGUAGAAAAUACAGAGAGAAGUAUAACAUGUGCUCUCGAGAUAUAUAAUUUUUUUAUGUACUUAAUGCAAUUUUGGUCAGUUUUAUCAAAAAAGAUAUUGUUGAUUUCUACCUCAAUUUUCAAUUUAUAAACUUGA